ACUCUCUUAGUGGAAGCCUGGGACUGAAGCAGGUUGCAAUCAUGAGUUAAUUUCUGCCUUAAUGAAAAAUCACAGGGUGACCUGCUUCUAAGUUCCUUCUGAGUCAUACAGAGUUAAACUAACCCCUCCCACAGCCAUGGACCGUUAAAUAGCUCUGUUUCACAUGCACCUCUCGCUAAGCAGCUCAGAGCCAGCAGAGGCUGAGAAAGGAGGGGAGAGAACACUGGCACUGAUGGACGAGCCAAAGGUCACAGGUACCAAACCAAGGACAUCCUGGCCUAGAAAGGCCCUGCUCAUCCUCGGGUUCCUCUUUGCUUUGGCUGCGAUUGCCUUAGUUGCGAUGGCAGUGAGUCAGAACAAGCCACUCCCAAAGAAUAUUAAGUACGGGAUUGUGCUGGAUGCUGGUUCGUCUCACACUAACUUGUACGUGUAUGAGUGGCCAGCAGAGAAGGAGAAUGACACUGGGGUGGUGCACCAGGUGGAAGUGUGUAAAGUAGAAGGUCUGGGGAUCUCGGGUUACUCCCAGGACACAGAGAAAGCUGGCCUCUCCCUCCAGCACUGCAUGAAAAGAGCUCAGGAAGUUGUUCCAGAACAGCAGCACAGAGAGACCCCUGUCUACCUCGGGGCUACAGCUGGAAUGCGGCUGCUCAGCUUGCAGAACAGAAGUAUGGCUGACAGAGUCCUCUCUGCAGUGGAGAAGACGCUGCGCUCAUCCCCCUUCAACUUCCAGGGUGCCAGAGUCAUCAGUGGUCAGGAAGAAGGAGCCUAUGGCUGGAUCACCAUUAAUUACCUGUUGGGCAACUUCAAGCAGCCUGGCUGGCUGAACUUUCUGCCUCACCUGAGAUCCAGCCGUGGGACAUCAGGGGCCCUGGACCUUGGUGGAGCCUCCACUCAGAUCACCUUUGCACCGGACCAAGAGCUGAUUGAAUCUCAAGAGAACUCACUGCACUUUCGUCUCUAUGGCAAGAACUACAACGUGUAUACGCACAGCUUCCUGUGCUACGGGAAGGACCAGGCUCUGCGCUUGAAGCUGGCCACUGACCUACAGAGCACACAGAAUGGCAGCCUCCUGGAUCCCUGCUUUCACCUAGGAUAUUUGAGGAUUAUGAAUAUAAGUGAUCUCUACACCAACCCCUGUAUAGCUAAUGGUGAGCAGCAGCUUCCAUUCACACAGCUUCACCUCCAGGGGAAUGGGGAUUACCAAAGGUGCCGAAUGACCAUCCAGAAGAUCUUCAACACUAGCUAUUGCCCUUACUCCAGCUGCGCCUUCAAUGGGAUUUUCCUGCCUCCGUUACAAGGGGAGUUUGGGGCAUUUUCUGCUUUCUACUUUGUGAUGAACUUUUUAAACCUGACGACAGAGAAGAGCCCAGUCCCUCUAGACAAAGCGACCAGCGCUGUGGAAAGCUUCUGCUCCAGACCUUGGCACGAGGUAAAGGCAGAAUUUCCCAAGAUAAAAGAGAAGUACCUGAGUGAAUAUUGUUUCUCCGGGACCUACAUCCUCUCCCUCCUGGAGAAUGGCUAUGGAUUCACCAUGGAGAAAUGGCAAAACAUCCAGUUCCUUGGAAAGAUUGGCAGCAGUGAUGCAGGCUGGACUCUGGGCUACAUGCUGAACCUGACAAACAUGAUCCCUGCAGAGAAGCCCCCGACACGCCCUCUCUCCCAUGCCAGUUAUGUGGGGCUCAUGGUGUUCUGCUCUCUCGUGUUGGUGGCUGUGCUCCUGCUUAGCUGGCUUACCUUCCACAAACCAAAGUGCCUGCAGAAGGGACUCAUUUAGAGAGUGGCAAAUCCCGCAGUAAAGGCUGUAAUGGGCCCCUGCCACACCAGCUGUCGCACAGAGUUCUGAGGUUACCUGCAGAGCCAGCCUUACCCAGCAGAGUCCCUCCUGCCUUUCACUGAAGCUCCUGCCUGUACAAGGGCAUUCAAUCUUCUCCUCUGGCUCACGCCUGCACUGACAGAUGCACAGGCUCCUCUUCUCUGUGGAGAUGUAUCUUGCUGGGAUCCCUUCUUGGAUUGGUCACAUAAAGCAGCAGCUUUUCGGCUCUUUAUGCUGCUUGUUCUUUUUGGUCUUGUUUAGACAGAGGCAGCAGUAAUCCCUGAGGGAAUUGCUGUGACUUGGAAGCGCCAAGCUGGCUGUGGGGCUAAUCUCAGGGUUAUGCAGGAAGCCAUUGCACUGUGCAGAGAUCUAUUUCCUUUCCCUGGAGACGGUCCCCACAGCCGCUCAGAGCUUGUCUGAGCAGGGCAUCCGCACCAGCACAAAGCAAGCUUGCUACCCUUGGCCACCUUCAGCUCCUCAGGAGCAUGCUGUGUCUAGCUCUGCCUACCCUGUAAAACCACCUGGAUCCCAACUGCCCACUGCUUGGCUGGCCACACAGCCGGACGCCAAUAUGGGACAAGCAGAUGUGAGGGGGAAAGGAACAGAAGAUGUUGGGUCUGGAGGAGGCCAGCAGCCUUGGCUGAGCCCUGGCAAUGGACCUGAAAUACUAGAAGGCAAAAUGUUCCUUCCACAGAAGAUUGGUGUAUAUAUGAAAGAAAACCUCUUCUCUCACCACCUCCCAGAACUUAUCACUGGCCCAUAGCAGGCCCCUGUCCAGAUUGAGUCUGAUGUAAGGGACCUGUCUAUCUGGUCACACACAUUCUUAGCCAGACACCGCUGAUCUCUCCAGGAAUAACUCACAUUGGGCAAGGAUGAUUUGCAAACAGGUUGGAUUUAUAGUGUACCUGCAGGCGGGGUUCCCUGGAGACUGGACCCUACAGCACACCUACAAGAUUCCAGCGCUUGCAGUGGGACCAUCUCUCUGGCAAUGCUAAUCACACAGAAACCUAGGCCCCAGGGAAGGGUGUUUAGUAGAUCAUGUUCCUUUAAAAGACACCUGGCACCAGUGUAAACUGAAACAUGCAAAUAUUGAUUAAUGAAUUCAUGUUUGUGUUUGCGACGUGCAUGAAAAUUAGUCACAAUCUGAACAUUCUUUCCUUUCCCCCUGCUUAGACUUAACAUCUCAACCUCAAUCCGCACCCCCCCUUAGUCCCUCCCAAAUGUACACACCAGCCCAUUUUCUAGCCUUUAGUAUGGGAUAGCAACUGAUCAGAUUUCAGCCUCCUGUGAUGUCACUCUUCCCACUUUUUGCUAAAGAACUGGAGUGGAAGCUGGGACUCAACUUCGAUAACAAGCAGAAAACACUGUGAGGCAUCUUCAUACAUCAAAAGGAGCCAGUUGCAAAUCUCCUCCCCUGAUAGUGAUUCCCUGCUUUGGAGGCACAGAGGAAAGGAGAUUCCCCAAAGCCAGGGCUGUGGGGUAAAGGGUUGGCAAAUAGAGGUAUCUACUUAGUCCCCAAGCAGAGCUGUGGAGGGGAAUCAGAUGGAGGGAGCUUUAUCCUCUUUGGCACAACCUCCUUUCAGCAGACAGAGAUGUAUGGAGCUUAAGGCCAGAAUGGUCCACUAAGAUCAUCUAGUCUGGCCUCCUGCAUAACACAGGCCUGAGAACCUCACCCAGUAAUUUCAGUAUCGAACCCAUAACUUCUGUUUGAGCUAGAACAUAUUUUUUUAGAAAGGUAUCAAGUCUUGCAUUAAUGUUAAGUGAUGGAGAACCCACCACAACCGUAGGUACAUUGUACUAAUGGUCAGUUACCCUCACUGUGCAAAAUCUGCACCUUAUUUCUAGUAUGAAUUUGUCUAGCUUCAGCUUUCAUCCACUGAUCUCAUUAUGCCUCAUUAAAGACCCGUUUACUGUCAGAAAUCUCUUCCCCCUUGUAGGUACUUGUAGACCAUCAUAAACUCACCUCUGAACCUUCUCUUGGAUAAACUAAAUAGAGCUGCUCUAGACUCUCACUCUAAGGCAGCUUUUCUAGAUCUCAAGGCGUUUUUGUAGCUCUUUAUUGAAUACUUUCCAAUAUCGAACAUCCUUUUUUUUAAACCAUUGACAUGCUGUAUACAGAGGUAAGACCUCACCCCUACUCCUGCUUGAUAUUAUCCUCUUUAUAAAUCUAAGGAUUACAUUCACCCUCUUAGCUACAGCAUCACGUUGGGUGCCCACGUUUGGUUUAUCUACCAAGACCACCAAGGGUAUGUUUAUACAGCAAAAAAACCUCUGUGGCAGUGAGUCUCAGAGCCCAGGUCAACUGACUCGGGCUCGUGGGACUUGUGCUGUGGGGCUAAAAAUAGCCAUGUAGCCACUCUGACUCAGGCUGGAGGCUGGGCUCUGCAGCCCUCUCCCCUUGCCCUUUAAUCUAGAUAUAACCUUGCAUCUGGCCAUAUCAAAAGGCCCAGCUUACCAGCCGAUCCAGUUGGUCUGUAUAACUGACCUGGCAUCUUUAUUAUUUACCACUCUACCUAUUGUUCUGUCAUUUGCAAAGACACUGAGACUCUAGAAUGAUCCCAGGGCCAGAGACUUCAUUCUGCUCAAACUGCACUCAGCACUGGAAUGGGGGAAUACAAGGGAAUCGCUUGCCCUGUAAAUGAAGUAUGUGAUCAGGGUUGCUCCAGCUGAGAAUAGUGACUCUGACACAUCCCAUUUCCUUCCACCAACUCUGCAUUGUCUAGGGAACCUCCUUCUGCAGAGUGUUCCCUGAGGGAGCCAUUUCCACUGGGCUAACAGUCCCUUCUUGCUGUCAGAACGGGAUGGAGGGUCUGCCCCAGCCUGCAGUCUAGUUCUCUCCCCCUUCUCAGGUCAGCAGUCACUGAGUGGGCAGCCCUGAGUUCUGGUAAGUGAUGGCUGUAAGUGAGUUUUGCCCUAUGGCUGGGGAGUUGGAAUUGCCAAAUGUCAGGAAAUUCUGAGUUGACGAGCCAGAUUAAUUGAAGCUGGUGUGGAGAGAGGGGUAAAUUAAUGUCCCAUUCCAGACUGGCCCUUUCUGUCCUAGUAGGGAAUCAUGCCAAGGGAGAUCAGACAGAUGUCUUGGGGUCUCUGUGGGAGAAGCAGUGUUGCCAGUUCUCAUGAUUUAAUUGCGAGUCUCAAGCUAUUUGGUGUUUUUUCUUAAAACCCAGCUCCUGGAAUUGUGAUUAGGUGAGAAUCUCAGAUUUCUUUUCUUUUCUUUCAAAAAAGCAAGUUUCUAACCCUGAGGCUCAGAAGGCAAAGAAAAAGAACGCUCAAUGUGUGGGGUGGUUUUUUUUAAUCUUACGAUUUGUUACGCUCAUCUCAUGAUUCAUGGGAGCCAGAUCUAGGAUAUUUGAGGACUUGAGGUGGUCACUACUGAGAAGGGCAAUUUUAAUCUGGCAUCCCCAUAGGAGCCCUGCAGGCCAAGGCUCUAUAGAGAAUGCGCUGAAUCUAUACAUCCCACCAGCCUCCUUCCUUCCAGGCCAGCACUGUCUAUGCCGUGGACUGGAGCUGGCCUGAGGUCUCUCUGUACUGGCCAUUUCCCCCUGCUCUGACCCUCAAGGACUUUCUGCGUAGGGAAGCUGCCCAAAACCAGAGUCAUAGACUUUAAGGCCAGACUUCCCAUAUAGCACAGGCCAAAGAGGUUUACUAGUUAGCCCUGCAUCGAGCUCAGGAAUUGGAGCCUGUUUAAAUCGUAUCUUACAGAAAGGCCUCCAGUCUGGAUCUGAAGACUCCAAGAGAUGAAGAACCCUCCACUUCCUGUGUAGUUUGUUCCAAUGGUUAAUCACCCUUUUAAAAACUGGUGCCUCAUUUCUAACUGACGAGCUUCAGCAUCCAGCCAUUGGUUCUUGUUCUGCCUCUCUCCUCGAGGUGAAAGAACUUGUUAGUCCCCAGUAUUUUCUCCUUGUGCAAUUACUUCUACACGGUAAUCACGUCCCCUCUUGGCUCUCGCUCUUCUUUUGGGUAAAUUGAACAGACUGAGCUCCUCAAGUCUCAUUGCGCCUGCAGGGUGUUUCCCCAGCCCUUGCAUGGGAGUCAGCAGAGAACCUGGGCUGAAUGUAGCCCAGUGUGUGCAAGGCCUCCCUAGGUCUGUGACUCCUGGCUCCAAUUCUGAGCAGCCCCUUUCCAGCAGGCUUCCUGAGUUGGACUUUAUAACUUUCCAGACUGCAGCAGGGGCCCGCAAUGCAAUCAGACUCUGCUCCCUCCAGGCCUGAUAAAUUUCACCUUCUCCCCUUCUCACAAAGGUCAGGCUUGAAACUUCACAGCAGUAGGGCUGAGACUCAUGCAGGGCUAAAGGCUGGGUAGGUGCCCAGCCCUCCAGCACCAUCCUGUCCUCUAACUACCGACUUAAAACAACCCCACUCACUCCCCACUCCCAAGCCCAACAACCUCCCCAUGCAGCCACUGGCUGCAAAUGCUUCCCUUGGCCUAUCGUUAAAACCUAGUAGAACAAGCUGAGUUGCUGGAGUCUCUUGUUUGGGGCAGAUGACAUGGCGGUGGGAACAGUGCAGGAUGGCAGAUUCUGACUGCUUGGGAUUUGCUGCUUGGGCCAUGAGCCCUUCACUCCCAUUCUGAAAACACUGAUCUGUAAUGCUGACGCUAGCCAGUGUUUCUUAUGCCUGGUUCUCCGCACUGAGCACCAGCUCGCACCCCAGACCCAGAAUUUUGCUGGGGAAGCUGGCGUGCGCUAGUGCUGAGGGGCCUGUGCCAGAGCCUAGGGGCUGCCGGGUGUGUGCCCCACAGGGCUCUGGGGCAUGUGCUGAGGCCAGAGGGUCACUGGGAUCACACACUUUCCUUGACACCAUUCUGAAUCCCUAGCUUUGCUGCCCAGCCCUGCUGCAGCAGAUUGUUCGUUUUACGCACAUAUAAACUUUGGUAUCCUUAUUAAAAAUCAAGACCGUUCUCCAGCGGGAUCCAUCUGUGAGUGGUGGGGCUCCUGCUUGAGGUGUCACCAUCAGGAAGAUUCUCCUGAGCUUCAAAUUACAUUUUCUGUUCAGCUUGAUCCGAUUCUUCAUAAUCAUGUCCCCUUGGAUUGUAUCCUAAAUCAGCCCUCUCCACCUAUAAUGUUUAUGCAUGGCCGCUAUUUGUAGAUAUGUCGGUCUCCCCCCUCAAAAAAAUUGUCAUUUAGCCAAGUCAAAUAUAUUUAGCUCUUUAAUCUUUCUUUACUGAAUCUUUCCCUCCAGCCCCUGCUCAUUUUUUGGUUCUUCCCUGAAAAUCCCUCCAGUUUUGCCAAUAUCUCUCUGGUAACAAGAUGCCCAAAAUUGCAAAUAAUCUUCCAGCUGGAGUCUUCCAGGGCUGUGUUUAGAGGGACCGUCUCCUGUGACCUGAGGCCUUUGCUUGUGAAACCUGGGAUCAUAUUGGCUUUUUAGUUUCUCUUGCUGCCCUCUCAUAUUGCAGAUUCCUACCCUCACUCCUCACUAUCAUUGCCUCCCGGUUUCUCCCUCUUUGAAUUUCUAGGGUUUGGAUAAACGUUGCCAGCUGUAGUAGCUGCAUUUUUCCAAAGUAAGUCUCAUUUUCUUUCCUGUCUCUGUUUCUAACACCUAGAGCUCUUUGUGUUGUUUCACUAUCCUCACUGGUGUUUGCAACUCAUUUGGUAUCUGCUGUAAAUUUCAUUUCCUUCAUUACCUAUUCACAGGUGUUAACAAAUACCAGUACCACCUGCUACUCACCUUCCCCCAAUUUUCUGCUCAUGGUUCCUUUCCCCUGUAAACUUACUGCGAGUUCUUUCUGUGUCUCAUUUAUUUCCUUAGGGCCAGAAGGGAGAUUUACCAAACCACCAGUGCCCAGAGCAAUCUUGGCAUGUUUUCCACCAUUAGGGCCCCAGGCUCCUUCCUGUUACAGCAUCAGUCACAGGCCACCUGUGAAUAGCAGAGCUGUGAGGGCGUGGCGGAGGGAAGGGCUCAUGACCAGGUGUUACAGUAUCUCAUUAAGCCCAUGACACAGUGUUUCAAUGGCUGAGUAACACCAUCCUACACAAGAAAUCUGCCACCACCUCUGAGUCCACCUUCCCUGCCAAAAGCCACUGCAGCCCACUAGUGCUCAGAGGUCACACCGGUUUCCUCCUUUCGCUCUCUUCAGCCCCGGGGCACCUGCCAUCUGCACCUACAGAAUCCCUCAGAGCCCUUUCCAAGUAUUAUGCCUUUUGCUUUUUUCCUGCAAGCAUUAACGGAGGCUGGUGCCUGCUGCACCAUUUCUUAUCUGAUGUAUUUAGCACCUGUACAAAGCACAACUAGAGACAAUUCCUGCUCCUGAGAGCAUAUCACCUCCUGAGACAGAAGAUGAGACACGGGGGCAAGGAGUUAAAUUGGGGGUGGAAGAAGGGGGUUAAUAUAUUAUUAAAUGUAUAUUUAUUCCUUUU